GUUCUCGUCGCAUCCAUUGGAAUCAUUCGAAUCGUGCAACCAGCUGAAGACUCGGAAGACCGAUACCUGGAUGGAGUGCAUUGUUUUAGCAGUAAGAGAAUUCGAACCGCGCAACGUAGGACUCCUUGAAGGGGCUGAUUUUCGCUGAGAGACGUAGAUUCCCGAGUCGGGUCGAUAUCGUUGCUCCCGAGAUGCAGAGAGCGGUGCAGAGAUCUUCGGCAACUUUGCGGUGUGGGCUUUCGCUGAGUAGAAAACAGAAGGUGGCUCCCCUCCCGCGAGGACCGUCACGUUUGCUAUCAUCGUCCACUUGUCCGAGAUAUUUGGUCAAGGGCAUACAUACAUCAUCGGUCCACAGAGCCGGAAGAGCGAUCGACUUCAGAUUAUCGGAUAUCGGAGAAGGCAUCUCCGAAGUUGUUAUAAAGGAAUGGUACGUCGGCCUUGGCUCGAAAGUAAAUCAGUUCGACCCUAUUUGUGAGGUGCAAUCGGAUAAAGCGUCGGUGACUAUAACUUCGCGGUACGAUGGAGUAAUCAAAAAACUCAAUUAUGAAGUGGAGCAAGUGUGCAAGGUCGGAGCUGCCUUGGUCGAGAUCGAAGUCGCUUCUGAUGCCGCGGUGGAUUCCCGACCGACGCUCGAGACGGAAACGCUAGCUGAAGAAGAGCCCGUAAGGAAGAGUCAACCGUCCCCAGCAGUCACUCCGAUUGAAUCAGGGAAGUCAGCUGUUUUCGUCGACAAAGUAUUGGCGACGCCCGCGGUACGCCGCUUCGCCACUGAGAUGAAUGUAGCGCUGAGCGCCGUUAGAGCUACGGGAAAAAAUGGAAGGGUUCUGAAGGACGACAUAGUCGCUUACACUCAGAAUAAACCGAGUGUCGAACGACCCGCGCCAACGACGCAAGACGAAGCACCUCGUACCAGGAUUGUGGACAUCGGUGGCUAUACUCGGGCCAUGCUGAAGACGAUGACUAAGUCCUUGCAGAUACCGCAUUUCGGCUAUAAGGAUGAGGUUGAGAUGGACGCCCUCAUGGCUAUCCGGAAGGAUCUCGUUGCGCAAGCGAAAAGCUCUGGCGUUAAGUUGUCUUACAUGCCUUUCUUCAUCAAAGCCGCCUCAGUGGCGCUCUUAGAGUAUCCGAUUCUGAACGCGUCUUUAUCCGAUUGUCAAGAGAAAAUCAUCUACAAGGACGAUCAUAAUAUUGGUUUAGCGAUGGAUACUCCUCAGGGUUUGAUUGUGCCAAAUAUCAAGAAGUGCCAAGAAAAGAGCAUCCUCGAGAUCGCGGCCGAACUGAAUCGUCUGCAAGAGGCUUGCCUGAACGGCAAAGUUGGUACUCAAGACCUCGUCGAAGGAACUUUUUCGCUCUCGAACAUUGGAUCGAUCGGGGGCACUUACGCAUUCCCAGUUUUGGUUCAACCAGAGGUCUGCAUCGGCGCUCUCGGAAGAAUUCGGAAGCUUCCUCGCUUCUCUCCAGCUGGGGAAAUCGUUCCAGUGAACGUCUUGAAUGUCAGCUGGUCGGCGGAUCAUAGGGUGAUCGACGGAGCGACAGUCAGCAGAUUCUCCAAUGUCUGGAAGAACUACUUGGAGAAGCCUCAUGCGCUACUUAUGACCCUCAAAUAGCGAGCUGCGGUAACACGCGCACCGGGCACACUCGUGUAUGCUGGUAGUCCGGGUUUCCGAGAUCAGUUGAUAUGACGACUCGGAGCAAUCAGUCAUUUCCGAUUUGUUCUGAGAGAAUUUCAUUCUCAUAUAGGCACGGGUUUCUAAGAUAAUAAAACAUGACUC